UCUCUCUCUUUCUCUCUCGUCUUUGUGAACUGUGAAACUAAGCAACAAUGUCUUCUUCUUCAACGAGUUCCGAGAAGAAAAUAACGCUGAGGAGCUCGGACGGCGAGGCGUUCGAGGUGGAAGAGAAGGUGGCGACAGAGUCACAGACGAUAAAGCACAUGAUCGAAGACGACUACAGUGAGAUACCAUUGCCGAACGUGACAAGCAACAUCCUCACGCUCGUUAUCGAGUACUGCAAGAAGCACGUCGAGGCUGCCGACCCCGUGCCCGAGACUUCUUACUCUUCUUUGACUGACAAAACUCAUGACGAUCCGCUCACUGCUGCCUGGGACGCCGAGUUCGUCAAGGUCGACCAGAACACCCUCUUCGACCUCAUAGUGGCGGCUAACUACUUGAAUAUUAAGGGGUUGUUGGAUUUAACCUGCAAGACUGUGGCAAACAUGAUGAAGGGAAAGACUCCACAAGAGAUUCGCGACACAUUUCACAUCAAGAAUGAUUACACUCCAGAGGAAGAAGAGGAAGUUCAGAGGGAGAACCAGUGGGCAUUUGAGUGACAUAAUAAAGAAUUGUUCACAACUGCAUUUAGUUUUAAGAAUGUUGAUACAGUGAUCAUAGGGUUCAA